AUGUCGGACGCCGACAUUAGAUCGCCGCCCUCGCGGGGCCGAAGCUCCGCUCGCGGUGGCAGAGGUGGUAUUGGCMGUGGUGCUCCCCGCGGCGGCAGGAAGAUCAAUGGCACAGGCACAGCGGGCGACGCGGCAGCACUGGAAGCAGAGUCGCUCGAUGACCAGGGCGAGCUUGGUGCGAUGAAGAAGAAGCACGCUGCGCAAUUGAACAUGCUCAAGGAUAUGUUCCCUGACUGGACUGACAUGGACCUCGUGUUUGCGCUGGAAGAGUCCGACGGGGAUAUCUCCGCAGCCGUCGAGAAGAUUACCCAGGGCUCCGUCUCGCAAUUUGCCGAAGUCAAAAAGAGCAAGGACCGCGCACGCUCCAAGGUGAAGGACGAGUCUGCCACGGCGGGUGCGGCUGCUCAAACAGCAUUUGGUGCUCGCGGUGCACGUGGCCGAGGCGGACUUGAUGGUGGACGAGGAGGUCGCGGACGAGGAGGUGUGGACCGUGGUAGAGGCGGGCAGCGUGGGCGUGGCGGUCAUGCAGCCAACACCACCACCACGACAAACGGCACACCCUCUGCCGAUGCAGGCGCAGCCUCAGUGCCAACUACCGAAUCUUCGGCCUGGGAUACGACUACUGCUGCCGCGUCGAGCGCGUGGGACACUAGUGCGCCCACGGAGGCUGCUCAAGGUGGUUGGGACAAUGCUACCCCAGAGGUGCCUCAGGAUGCCACGGCCGCUGCUCAGAGUGCAUGGGGAGACACAGCCACAACUGAGACAACAUCUGCUAGUGCUGCAUCUACUGUCAUACCAGAAGGCGGCGCGAAGAAGAGCUGGGCCAGCAUGUUCUCUCAGCCUAAGCCAGUGCCUGCUGUUCCUAGACAAAUUCUCACCAAGCAGCCUGCGCCUCCUGAGCCAGCGCAGGAGGCUGAGGUUGCGCCAACCGUCGAAGAAGCUGUUCAGACGGAGCCGGAGGUUGAAGCUGCACCUGCGCAAGAGCCCGAGGUCGCUGUCGCUGUGGAGCGCCCGGUCACUGCAGAGGGCGAUCUUACACUCACACCUUCKCAGGAUCCUUUGACAGAGGCCAACGUUGAGCAUCUACCCGACGAGUCUAAACCCCCCGCCACGCAGACUGUCGCCAGUACUGCAGGCUCCAUGGACCCUCGCAACAUCACUCCGCUGCCGACUCACCAAGCUCCCAUCGGCCGGCCCGGCUUGGGAGGUUACGCCACCAGCGCGAAUCGUCUUGCCGGUCCCCRGGGCCGAAGUGCGAGCUUCCAGCGACGUGUACUCGAGCAGCAAGAGGCAGUCGUCAUGCCAGGUCACAAUGCAGUGGAUCGGGCUGCUGUGCAAUUUGGCAGCAUGGGUCUCAAUGGCGAGUCGGGUCCUGAUGUUGACGAGGAACGCGAAGAGCCCGAGACCCGGCACGCCCCAGCGCAUUCACCACCCUCGCAGCCACGGACUUCGCUCCCUCCGGCGCCCAGGCAGACUGUUGCUGCGCAGGAGGCCGCCCUCCCCGAGGCACUCUCCACACCCAAGCAGGCGCCAGGCCUUCCACCAGCAUCUGUACAGAACCAGCAGCAAAUCCAGGAUCCAUCUUUGGCACAGAGUGCGCCACAAGAGCAGCAGAUGAGCCAGGGGUACAACCAAUACGCCCGCUACGGCCAGCCACAAAUGCAAGGAAUGCAGCAGAUGCAACAAGAUGCAUCCCAGCAGCAAAAGCCUCAUCACUACGAUGCUUUCGGCCACCAAACGCAACCGAGUUACGACCAAUAUGCCGGUCACGGACACCAGCCGCAGCAACAGUCGCAGUCCAACUUUGGCGGUCACUCAUCAGCGCCGAAUGACUAUUCGCAGUACUACACCACCCAGGACCAGCAGGCGCGGUAUAACAACUACUACGGCAGCGCAUAUGGGCAGCAGCUCGAUGCGAGAGGACAAGGACCCACUCACCAAGGACAGCACGGCCAACAUGACCCGACAAUCGGACAGCAGCGUUCCGCGAGCGGCYUUGGCGCGGGCCAAAACGACCUCAUGCACACCACUUCGCAAAGCCAGCAGGGACAGCAACGCUACGAAGCCCCCGGCUCGGGCAGCAAUACGCCCAACCCUCUUAUGGGCGGCCAGCAGCAAUCCGCACAAAAUCCGCAGCAGACUCAACAGUCAAUGCAUCAGGCGCAGAGUCAUUUGCAGCAGCAGCACAGUGGUUAUCCACCAGGUGCCAGCGCGGCCUUUCCGUAUGGCCACCCGUCGUACAACAGCCCAUACCAGCAGGCCUAUGCUAAUCAAUUUGGCCUCAGCCAUCAGCUCGGUGGUUACGGUGGCAGUGUCGGCGGUUACCCCGCGCAGAAGCAGGGCGGCGGCGCCAUGUACGGCGCACCACAGGGCUACGCACAGUCUUACGAACAACACUCCUCCUCCCCCGCCAACGCCGGUGCUUUCGCCCAGAAUCAGCACGCCUCGAUGCGCAGCGCGAGCGGAAUGGGCUCCGGCCUCGGCGGUCUCGACGACUAUGGUCGCCAAUCGGCACAGCCAACUUCUCACCAACAGCAGGGCGGCUAUGGCGGCAUGAACGACCCCUUUGCUCGUGCAGCAUCCGGCUUCGGCGCACCCGGCGUCUAUGGUCAACAGAGCAUGGGCUCGACACAAGACGACGCUUUGAAGCCAKACGGCGACGCAAAGGGCGGUCCAUCGCCGGCACUUGGCCAGCCAGGACGCCCAGGAUCGGCUGCCAACAGUGCAGCAGGUACGGCACAAUCCGGUCUACCACCACCACAGAGCCAGCACUCUGCUUUUGGCAGUGGGUACCCAGGUUUUCCCGGCCAGAAUAGCCAGUAUGGUGGGUUGGGAGGUCUUGGAAGCCACCAGCAGCAGGGCCAGGGCGGCAUGGGUGGUCAGGGUGGAUAUGGCGGCUAUGGCGGCAACAACUUCAACCAGACGUAUGGCUCGUACGGACGUGGGGGCUGGGGACAGCAGUACAGCCAGCACUAG